AGACACACCUGGCAGCCUCCUGACAGCCUCCUACACCCAGGUACACCUCUGGCAGCCUCCCACACCCAGGGACACACCCUGGCAGCCUCCACACCCAGGACACUUCUGGCAGCUUCUACCCAGGACACACCCUGGCAGCCCCUCACACCCAGGGACACUUCUGGCAGCUUCUACACCCAGGACCUUCUGGCACCUCACACAGGCACACCUCUGCAGCCUCUACACUCAGGGACACACUGGCAGCCUCCUACACCCAGGACACUUCCUGGCAGCCUUACACCCAGGGACACACCCUGGCAGCCUCCUACACCCAGGGACACCUCCCCAGCAGCUUCCACACCCAGGACACUUCCCUGGCAGCCUCCCACACUCAGGCACACCCUCUGGCAACCCCCUACACCCAGGGGCACACCCCUGGCAGCCUCACACCCAGGCACACCCUCUGGCAGCCCUACACCCAGGACACACCCUGACAGCCUCCUACACCCAGGCACCCUUGCAGCCACCCCAGGGACACACCCACAGCUCCCACCCAGGCACACCCUCUGGCAGCCUUCUACACCAAGGUACAAACCCCUGACAGCCUUCUUACACGUACAUGACUGCCGGAGCUCCUGGGGAAGACAAAACAG